AUGAUGCCUCCCCCAACAUACAAACUUCCGAAUCUUACCGCCAUACCUAUUACGCCAGAGACUCUCUCCGCCGAAAUCAAGUCCACGAGUAUCCUUCGAGUACGUCUGGAACAGCUCUCCGAAAGUGUAGAGAGAGAGUUAGCGGACGAAGCGAAGGAGGAACUUGAGAGUUAUGAAGCCUGGAUUCGGAGUGUUAGCGAUGGUGGCUCGGUGAAUACGGAAUCUCAGGAGGGGACGAGCAUCAAGGACGAGCAAAGGGCAGGAGUGUUGGACGAGAUCAACGAGAUAAAAUUCAGAAGAAAAUACAUCACCAACCAACUAAGGCUGCUCAGUCUCCAGAAAUCCCAAGAGUACGUCCUUCCUAUCCUCCCCCAUCCAAAUAGCCUCUUGCUCUUCUCCCUUCUCUUCUUUUACCACGACUCUUGGGAGGAAGCUAAAUCAUCUUCUACUUGCCUUCAUCGCAGGAAAUCCCAGGGCGCCGAGUCCCGAAUCUCCAAGUUGCAGAAAUACAACGAGAUCAAAGACAUCGCCCAGGAACUCAUGGGCCUGGUAGCCGACAACCGGAACGUCACCGUCAAGACGCUCUACGAAAGUGGCGAGUUUGGCGUCGAUGCAGACGAUUGA